AUGUCACUCGCCCACCAUCAACCCAAGUACGAAAGAGCUGAAGCCAUCAUCGGAUAUCGUCCUCAGAAGUUCGAGAAAGGUUACCUUUGGGAAGCCCUUCAAGUAGCCGGCUCCGGUCAGAACCGUAUCGGCGGUCGUCUUGUAUACGAUGGUAACAAGAGACUUGCUAUCCUUGGCGACACUGCGAUGGCACUCGCAAUCGCGGGACCUUGGUAUGAGCGAGAUGACACUCUAGCUUCUACCAAGCUUGCUGCCAAUCUGAUUGAGGCAGUCGUCGGCGCUGUCUGGCUCGAUUCAGAUGAGAGCAUCGCCGCUGUCAGACAAGUCAUGGAGGCUCUCGGCUUCUUCGCAAUGGUAAUAUUCAUCUCCUUCCCCCAUAUCUAA